GUGGUUUCCGGUUUUGCGAGACUGACAGCGUAGAUAUAGUGUUUGUGUUCGAUCUGUCUAGGACAGGAUUUUGGGAAAACAAAGACAAUGACUAUCUACAAGACUCUACAAUCAGAUAAAAAGGAUGAAAAGUCACCCGAGGAGGCGGCCGUUGUUAUGGAACCCCUGACAGGGGAGAGGGAAGAUGUUGUGGCCCCGAAAGUUGUUCGAGUGACAUAUGGACCACAUGAGACAAGGACAUAUGUCAACUUGUGCUUGAUAAUUGCAGCCCUAAUUGUAGUGGGAGCUGGCAUCAUUGGCGCCAUAUUUCUGUACAGGCACCUGUCUCACAGAGUCAUCACAGGAAGGUGUGGAGUGACCUACUAUGAUGAGAUCUAUCAUCAGCAAGCAGACUUCCUUAGAGGUCGUGACCCUGUUUCAAUUGACCUAACACAGGAGGAUUAUGAUGUGGGAUUCAAGUUUGAUUUCUUUGAGGAGAAUGUUGAAGUGUCGGAGGCUGACAGCUACGAAAGACUGCAGGUGCCCAAGUUUGACGAGUGUGAUGAGACCGACGUAUGGCAUGAUUUCCAACAGAAUUACACUGCGAUUGUGGACCAUGAGCGUGCAAGCUGCUAUGUGAUGAGACUCAACCGCACAUUGAUUGCCCCGCCCAAAGAUGUUAUUGACCUCAUCAACAAACUUGGGCGAGAGGGCUAUUACCUACCACGUGCUGAAGUUGUGCGUGAGAAAUAUACCGUGGUGACUCCCCCAAUGGGAGAUCUCAAAGUCCUUGGACCCUACAUUAUGAGGGAGUGCUUCUGGUACAACACUUUCAGGCUUGAGAAGAUUGUAGAUGGAGUGGUGAAGCGAAGUCGACGCACAGCACCACGAGAGGAGGUCCAUCAUGGCUUCAGCGCGGUCCCAAACAAACUCCUCCUCAAGGUUUCCAUCAGACUGUAGUGGCGAUGAUGACUGGGUAGACAAGUGUGAUUUGAGAGAGGGUGAUGUAGUCUAGAGAAUGAUCCACGGCCAUCUUACAUUAUGUUUGCCACUGUUGUACUUUAGAAGCAAAACAAACAGCUUCACUGUGCUUAUUGUCAAGGAGAAAGGAAACAGCGCAAGGGCAAGCAAGUUCCUUUGGGUCAUUGUGUUGCUCACUGGCGGAUCCAGGGUGGUGUGUGGGUGGUGCACACCCCCUCCUUUUUUAAGACACUUUCCAUGUCGACUGGACCAUCGACCAAGUUAGUUUGUGACUUGGGUAUUCGGUGCCCCCCUCUGUUUUAAAAUCCUGGAUCCACCUCUGAGCUCCUGAUGUCUUAAGACAGUGCAAAGAUGGAUUUUCUUGUCAUAUUAAUUGAUCAUUUGACAUGUUUGAACUGUGGAUCUUGUGAGAAGUGCUACCUGUCUUAUGUAUAUAUUGUUAUUGUUAUUACGCACUCUGAAGGGAUAUAUUACACCGACAGCACAUCUCCUGUACUUUAAAAUUAAUGAUUCCACCAUUAUGGUUCCAGUAACUGGCAACUUUGAACAGUUGAUUUUCUUGUAUACAUGUAAUUUAUAGUAGGUUAUUUUAUAAGGAAGUUUGUUAAGAAAUUACAACUAAGCAGUUUACAUCCUUCUGGAGGACUGAUUGGUUGUAAUUGUUAAGUACUACAACUGGUAGACACCUGUAUGUUGAAAAUGCACUGGAAAACAUUUGUGAAAUAUGGAUAUACAUUCAAGGGCAGAUUCCCAUAGUUUUGGCAGGUGGUUGCCUUGGCAUGUGUAUAGAGUUACCAACCACAUGUAUUACUGUGGCAGUGCAUGUCUAAUCCCUGCCAACAUUUAGACUGUGCCACCUACUCCUGACUGGGAUCCAGAUAGGUCUUGCCAUCCAGUGUUUACCAGUACAUAGGAAUAUCGGAGGGCUAAAAACCUCUAGAGUUUGUCCCAGUGUUCAGUGUGUCAUACGUAACAUUGCACUGUUCACCAAUAUGUUUUUCUACUGCUCAUCUCAGUGUUCACAUUGGUGUUCACAUCAGUGUUCACAUAGUGUUCACACAACGAAAGGUAGGCCACAAUUCCUAGCUGGUCCUAUACAGCCUGCUAUGGUUGAUGACUAUGGUGAUUGAAAAGUUUCUUGGCUGUCAUUUUUAUCUAUGAUGCAUACAGUUUAGUGGCAGUGUGGGACUCAGCCACUAGUCUGUAGCCCUACUGUAGUAAGAUGUCUUUCAGUCUUGUAAGUUUGGCUAAUAGAGUCCAUACAUUUAUA